AUGGCGGGAAAGUUAAAGCCUGGGCAAGUUUUUCACGUGCUAUGCAUAUUUUCUGUCGUCUUAUUCCUCUUCGUAUUCGCUGUGAAUGUUUCUAGUGAAGCGGUGCUAGCUGAAGAUAAAACGGCGACGGUUUGGCUAACUAGAGUCAAACGGUCUGGUAAUGAUUACUGGUCGAAACUCAAAGAGACUUUAGGUCGUGGUCACUCCCGCUUUUUUCCUCCUAACAUAGAUUUUAGAGGAAAGGAUGAUGCAGUAGAGAUUGGAGCGGGAGAAAAGAUGAAAGAAGCGGUCACGAGGAGUUUCGAGCAUAGUAAAGAUACGGUGGAGGAAGCUGCCAGAUCAGCGGCGGAGGUGGCGUGUGAUGCGGCUGAAGCGGUGAAAGAAAAGAUGAAGAGGAGUGUUUCCGGGGGAGAGACGAAGCAGCAGCAGCAGUCGGAGGGUACUAAUGAACUUUAA